UCCACGUUCUGAAGAGAUGCAGAGUCUCAGACCUGAGCAGAUCCGGGGGCUGCUGGAGCCCGAGAGGGCAAAGACGCUGCUGCCUCGGGAGAACAAGGCCUGGGAGAAGCGUGCCACCUUCGCCAAGGACUGGGUGGCUGUGGAGGUUGGGGCCUCCGGCUGCAGCAGCGACGAGAGAGACCUAGCUUCUCCCGAGACCGUGGUUCCCCAGGAGUGGAGCUUGGUGGAGGAAGACGAUGAGUCUGAGGAUGCCCAGGGCUUUGUGGAGUGGUUCAAAGCUCCACAGCAAACGACCAUAGUCUUGGUGGUGUGUGUGACCUUUCUGUUCCUGGUUUUAACUGGAAUGCCCAUGAUGUUUCACAUUUAACUAUAAAGGUGGCUCUUGUUUUGAAAUAGAUGCCUUGUGUCAUGUUAAGGAAGAGCCCUGGUUUAAAAAAUCAGGAAUAGGUCUUGAAUGUUAUCAAAUGCCUUUUACACACCCAUUGAGAGGACUUUUAUGUUUCACCUUUUCAUGUGCCGUUUCUGCAUUACUGUAUUUCACUGAACUUAAGACAUCUUUGAUUGUAAGUGCAUAUUAUUUUGUGUACUCUUGAGAAACAGAAUGCUGCUUAAAUGCAAGAUGUCACCAAGUGGAAGAUGCAGCGUGACUUCAGAGAAGGUGAACACGUGUGCAACAUACAAGCAAUGAGAUUGAGUCAAUUUCUCAAUUACAUAUCCCCUUUGCAUUCUUAGGAUGGUGGCACACCUGGCUUUUCAGAUACUGAAUUCCGUUCCUUGACAUUUAAUGUAGGAUUCUUGCCUCUAUCUUCUUACAUAAGAUUGGUGCUACCUUUGUUUCGUUUUGGUAUUGUGGCUAAGCUCGCAUCAUAGAAAGACUUGAGUAACGUUUGACCUUCUGCUGUGCUUUUGAAUACUUGAUCUGUAAUAAGGCUGUGCUCAGUCCUGUCCAACUCUUUGUGACCCCCAUGGGCUGUAGCCCACCAGGGUCCUCUGUCCGUGGGA